AAAUUUUAUUUGCACAGACAACAAGAGCUACAUAGCAUGGGAAAACCAAGUAGAAUAAACCAAUCUGUUGCCUCAGACUUCCUUCUUCUGGGACUCUCUGAGCAGCCAGGGGAGCAGCCUCUUCUAUUUGGCAUCUUCCUGGGCAUGUACCUGAUCACUAUGGUGGGGAACCUACUCAUCAUCUUUGUCAUCAGCUCUGAUGCACACCUACACACUCCUAUGUACUUCUUCUUGGCGAAUCUCUCCUUAACUGAUGCCUGUUUCACUUCUGCUUCAGUUCCCAAAAUGCUUGCCAACAUUUAUACGCAGAGUCAGACCAUCUCCUACUCUGGGUGCCUUACCCAGCUGUAUUUCCUCCUGAUGUUUGGUGGCCUUGACAACUGCCUUCUGGCUGUGAUGGCAUAUGACCGAUAUGUAGCCAUCUGCCAGCCACUCCAUUACAGCACAGCUAUGAGUCCUCAACUCUGUGCAUUAAUGCUGUGUACAUGCUGGGUACUGACCAACUGCCCUGCCCUGAUGCACACACUGCUGUUGACCCGUGUGGCUUUCUGUGCCCACACAGCCAUCCCCCAUUUCUACUGUGAUCCCAGUGCUCUGCUGAAACUUGCCUGUUCUGACACCCACAUUAAUGAGCUGAUGAUCAUUACCAUGGGCUUGGUGUUUCUCACUGUUCCUCUUAUGUUGAUUGUCUUCUCCUAUAUCUGUAUUUCCUGGGCUGUGUUGGGCAUCCCUUCUCCUAGAGGGCGAUGGAAAGCCUUUUCUACCUGUGGCUCCCAUCUUACAGUUGUUCUUCUCUUCUACGGAUCUCUGAUGGGUGUGUAUUUACUUCCCCCAUCAACUCACUCUACAGAGAGGGAAAGUAGGGCUGCUGUUCUCUACAUGAUUGUGAUUCCCAUGCUGAACCCAUUCAUCUACAGCUUGAGGAAUAGAGACAUGAAAGAAGCUUUGGGCAAACUUUUUGGUGGUGGAAAAGCAGUUUUCUUACUGUAACUUUAAUGCUUAAUCCAUUUGCUGUGAUCAAAUCACGCCUUCCAUAACUUCAGUGAUUCUGAGUUAAAGCAAAAGAAAAUGGUUAUUUACCU